AGCACUCAUCCCGGCACCCUUGUCCACGGAUCCCAGCGGGUAGUACUCUCCUCCCAUAGUACUCCCUCAUUUCCUCUCCACCCUCUCGGGAGGGAGAGGCGCUCCGCCACAUUCCCCGUCCUCGUCUGACCAUGCGCCCCGGGAUGGAGACCGGUAGAAAGCUUACUUGUGGAUCCGAACUCGGUGGUUUCACAACGGCAAUCCUCCCUCUUCGACAUCGUGCAACAAAAAAUACAGAAGGGCAUUGUGGAUGGAAUGAUGGGAUGAUGAGCUUGGGUGGCGUGGUGAAGCGUCACGCGCGACGGCCGUGGAGAUUGGGAAAACACCCACGUCUCUCCACCGAGAUCUACGACGUCGUCACGACGGCGUUCUCCCGUGAGGGGAUCGUAAACGUGACGACGGCCGUGCCGCCCGCGAGUCCCACGAUGACGGUCACCACUUCUCUGACGACUUCUUCCACCACCAUCGCCCCGAGCUUCGCAUGGAACGAGACUUUGUCGAGCUCCGUGGAUAUUUGGCCAUCGAACGAAUCUUUCUUCCCGGACCUGCUUGACUUCACUAAUUCGACCGUCCUGUUCGAGGAAUCACCUGAGCUCUCGCUCAUCGCCAUCGCUCUCCUCGGACUCGUCUUGGGACUAAUCAUCCUAGCAACUGUCAUAGGAAAUGUCUUCGUGAUAGCAGCGAUUCUUCUGGAACGACACCUCCAGAACGUUGCCAACUAUCUGAUUUUAUCGCUUGCUGUUGCUGACCUACUGGUGGCAUGUCUCGUCAUGCCGUUGUCCGCUGUUUACGAAGUGAGCAAUCAAUGGACCCUCGGACCGGAGCUUUGCGACAUGUGGACUUCAUCCGACGUUCUUUGCUGCACCGCGUCAAUCCUCCACCUAGUCGCCAUCGCCUUAGACAGGUAUUGGGCGGUGACGAACAUUGACUACAUCCAUCACCGGACUGGGAAGAGGAUCGGCCUCAUGAUCCUUGUGAUAUGGUCGGUCGCCUUUCUCGUCUGCAUAGCACCGGUCCUUGGCUGGAAGGAUCCUGGCUGGGAAGCGAGAAUAUCCGAAAACCAAACCUGCCUGGUAUCCCAAGACAUCGGCUACCAGAUCUUCGCGACGGCGUCGUCUUUCUACCUCCCCUUGCUCGUCAUUCUAGUCCUUUACUGGAGGAUAUUCCAGACGGCCAGGAAACGGAUCAGGAGAAGAUUCCAGGCGACUAGUCAAGCGGCCAUGCAAGCAGCCGGUCGCCAACCCCCGGCUGGUGGGGUCAUAGCUGGUCUGUGUGCUGCUGGAGCAGCAGGGGGUAAUGGGGGAAUCGCUGCAGCAGUUGUGGGUGUGAUUGGACGACCUCUUCCUACAAUAUCUGAAGCAACAACCACGACGACCACAACAGCUUUCACUAAUGUCAGUUCUACAAAUACGAGCCCAGAAAAGGGUUCGUUUGGGAACGGGCUCGAGCCAGACCCUCCAACAAUGGACCUAGGCUCUUCAUCCUAUCAUCCUGUAUACCAGCAUCACCCUCCAAAGAGGAAGUCUAAAGAAGCCGCUGACUCCAAGAGAGAAAGGAAAGCUGCAAAAACGCUGGCCAUUAUAACAGGAGCUUUCGUAAUCUGCUGGCUGCCCUUUUUCAUAAUGGCCAUAUUGUUACCGGUCUGUAACAUGUACCAAGUGUGCGUGUUGAACGAUUACCUCUUCGCCUUCUUCCUGUGGCUGGGCUAUUUCAAUUCAACCCUGAAUCCAAUUAUCUACACAAUUUUUAGCCCAGAAUUUAGGCAUGCCUUUAAAAGACUUCUCUGUGGAAGAAGAAAUUCAAUCAGAAGGAGAGCACGACACCUUGGUGUUAGACAUCACCAUUAAAUUCUAUUUUUCUUCUUUCUUCUUUUUUUUAAGGAGGCAUUUAUUUUGUGCUAGUCAUUCAUGUCAGUAAAAUUUUUACAAAUGUUAACCAUUACUGUUUGUUCAUAUAAUUAUCUAUCUUCAUGAUCACACAAAGUUCAAUUUUACAUUAAUCAACAGUGGUUUUGUCAAAUGUCUACCGCGUACGGUUUUUCAUGACUGACAAAUUUACUUUCAUUAGAUGUUGAAUUUCAGUUUCAAAACAUUGUUACCAUGUCCAGUAAUGUUAGUAUAGAAAAUUUGAUUGACG